AUGCACCAACAGAAAGACUCUCUUUCAACAAUAGCAGCAACAACCUUUGCACAUUCUCCAACGCGCUCGGAACCAGGAGAAACGAUCAUUGCAAUGGGUGAAGAGGAUGAUACCACUUCUCUUCCACUUGGAGUUUUGUAUUCUUCUACGGCCAUAGGAACCAACAAACAUGAAAGACGAAUGAAUCAGGACCAUCCUGUGGAUGACCCGAAACAACAACAACGAUCUUCCUCUUCUUCUUGCGAAUCUCUGGUUAGUUGUAGUAGUAUCAAUGCCAAGUCGGAUAAAAACAUUAUUCGUGGCUUUGGAAACUCAUGA